AGUCAAGAGAUCUAACGAUUCAUUGCAGAAUGGAAUCACCUGGAUCUUGAGUCAUUGUACAUGUACAACAAAGGUUUGACAAUAGCCAAGAACAAAUUAAUAGGAAAUGAGGCCAGAAAUGUCUUUCAUGUAGUGAGCCAAGAUAACUUCAAGUAGGAAAACAAAGCAAAGCCACUUAGCACAAAUCUUAGGAAAAUAAACAUUGGGAAUGAUGAAAAUAUCAAGAGAGUAAAUAAAGCUUUUGUCAAUAUACAAAAGGAACUUGCACAUUUCUUAAAAGGCCUUUCCCUUGAACCUCUGCAGAAACAGCCGUUUCCUCAGCAGCAUCAGGAAAAUGGACCACCUUUCUGCUUAGACCUGGCUCGUGAAGUCAUGACUGAGGGAAAUGUGAGUGUGAGUGCAGACCCCACCACAGUGCACCAAACCUUGAGGGCACAUAACCACAUGGAGAAAGUCAUUGACAAAGAGGGCUGCAGGGGGAGCCCAAUCUGCCAAACUGACCCCCUCCCUAGAAGUAAGUGCUACAGAGGACAUUUAUGCUUUCCUGCUGCCUUUUUUGGCGUCAUCUUCGUUUUUCCAGAUACAGGUUUCAGUGACAACCUUGCUGAUCUCCUCUUGGGCUUUUCUUUCACUUAUGGGGAUGAUUUCACUAACCGACAGAAGCAGAAAGACCUUGAUAUCAACGUUCUCUUCAUUUUUACUAUGUAUACCAUUUAA